AUGUCGGACUACGAGAAUGAUGAUGAGUGCUGGAACACCCUGGAAGGCUUCCGAGUGAAGCUCAUCUCGGUCAUUGACCCCUCCCGCAUCACGCCCUACCUGCGCCAAUGUAAGGUCCUCAACCCUGACGAUGAGGAGCAGGUGCUCAGCGACCCCAAUCUGGUCAUCCGCAAGCGCAAAGUGGGCGUACUCCUGGACAUCCUGCAGCGGACGGGCCACAAGGGCUAUGUGGCCUUUCUGGAGAGCCUGGAGCUCUACUACCCCCAGCUGUACAAGAAAGUCACGGGCAAGGAGCCAGCCCGCGUCUUCUCCACUAUCAUAGAUGCCUCGGGCGAGUCGGGCCUGACGCAGCUGCUGAUGAGCGAGGUGCUGAAGCUGCAGAAAAAGGUGCAGGACUUGACUGCGCUGCUGAGCUCCAAGGACGACUUCAUCAAGGAGCUGCGUGUCAAGGACAGCCUGCUGCGCAAACACCAGGAGCGCGUGCAGAGGCUCAAGGAGGAGAGCGAGGCGGGGGGCCGUGAGCUGAAGCGCUGCAAAGACGACAACUACGACCUGGCGCUGCGCCUGGCACGGCUGAGCGAGGAGAAGGGCGUCGCCCUCAUGCGCAACCGGGACCUGCAGCUGGAGGUGGACCGGCUCAAGCACAGCCUCAUGAAGGCCGAGGACGACUGCAAAGUGGAGCGCAAGCACACAUUGAAGCUGAGGCACGCCAUGGAGCAGCGGCCCAGCCAGGAGCUGCUCUGGGAGCUGCAACAGGAGAAGGCUUUGCUGCAGGCCCGUGUUCAGGAGCUCGAGGCUGCUGCCCAGGAUGGACCUCGGGACAGGAGCAGCGCCUACAUCCAGGUAUUGGAGGAGGACUGGCGGCAGGCGCUGCGGGACCACCAGGAGCAGAGCAGCACCAUCUUCUCUUUGCGCAAGGACCUGCGACAGGCCGAGGCCCAGCGAGCCCGGUGCGUGGAGGAGAAGGAGACGGUUGAGUUGCAGUGCCUCUCUCUGCGUAAAGACUCCAAGAUGUACAAGGACCGCAUUGAGGCCGUCCUGCAGCAGAUGGAGGAGGUGGCCAUCGAGCGGGACCAGGCCAUCGCGACACGGGAGGAGCUCCACACACAGCAAGCACGGGGCCUGCAGGAGAAGGACAGGCUACGCAAGCAUGUCCGUGAGCUGAGCGAGAAGGCAGAUGAGCUCCAGCUGCAGCUGUUUCAACGCGAGGGCCAGCUGCUGGCUGCCGAGGGUCGGCUCAAGCAGUACCAGCUGGAAAUGCCCGUUCUGAGUUCUGGCUUGGAGGACAGCUCACCCCGGAGCUCUCAGGAGCUCUCAAUGCCCCCGAGCCUGGAGGAAGAAGCUCAGCUCUCGGACAAAGGUGGCCUGGCAGAAGAGCAGAGCCCGGAACAGCCCUGCCAGGCUCUUCCGAAGGAGCGGCAUUCACUGACCCCCAACGGUAUAGGCCUGAGCGGCGGGGAGCCCCCGGAGAAGGAGCGGCGGCGCCUCAAGGAGAGCUUCGAGAACUACCGCAGGAAGCGGGCCCUCCGCAAGAUUCAGAACGGCUCUCGGCUGGGGGAGGUGGACUGGGGCAACACCACCGGCAGCGACAACACGGACACGGAGGGCUCCUAG